AUGAACCACAAAAGUAAGAAGAGAAUCAAAGAGGCGAAGCGGAGUGCCAGACCCGAGCUGAAGGACUCCACAGAUUGGAUAAAACAUGAUUACUACGAGACUUUUGACGUCUCGCACCGGACAGUGAAGGAUAAUGUGGAGCGUGCGGAUGCCCUGCGCCUCUCCCCAGAUGAGUUCAUCCAGCGCUACGAGCGCCCCUACAAGCCCGUGGUGCUGCUCAACUGCCAGGAGGGCUGGCCCGCCAAGGACAAGUGGACGCUGGAGCGGCUCAAGCGGAAGUACCGCAACCAGAAGUUCAAGUGCGGAGAGGACAACGAGGGCUACUCGGUGAAGAUGAAGAUGAAGUACUACAUCGAGUACCUGGAGGCGACGCGCGACGACAGCCCCCUGUACAUCUUCGACAGCAGCUACGGAGAGCAUGCCAAGCGACGCAAGCUGAUCGACGACUACCAGGUGCCCCUCUUCUUCCGCGACGACCUCUUCCAGUUCGCCGGCGAGAAGAGACGGCCGCCAUACAGGUGGUUUGUGAUGGGUCCAGGGCGCUCGGGGACGGGCAUCCAUAUCGACCCGCUGGGCACGAGCGCCUGGAACGCUCUGGUGCUGGGGCACAAACGCUGGUGCCUGUUCCCCACCAACACACCCAGAGAACUUAUCAAGGUGACGCGUGAUGAGGGCGGGGCCCAGCAGGACGAGGCCAUCACCUGGUUCAGUGUGAUCUACCCGCGCACGCAAUCCCCCUCCUGGCCAGCAGAGUUCCGCCCCCUGGAGAUCCUACAGAGGCCUGGAGAGACUGUCUUCGUACCAGGUGGCUGGUGGCACGUGGUUCUGAACAUGGACACCACCAUUGCGGUGACUCAGAACUUUGCCAGCACCACCAACUUCCCCAUCGUCUGGCACAAGACCGUGCGUGGGAGACCUAAACUCUCGCGCAAGUGGUACCGCAUCCUGAAGCAGGAGCGUCCUGACCUGGCGGUGAUGGCUGAUAAGGUGGACCUGCAGGAGUCCACAGGCAUCGCCUCCGACAGCUCCAGCGACUCUUCAUCAUCCUCCUCCUCCAGCUCCUCAGACUCCGACUCAGAGGACUCGGGCUCUGAGGGGGAGCCCAUGUCUCACCGCAGGAAGAAGCGGCGCACCUGUGGCAUGAUGGGUAACGGUGACAUCUCCGCGCAGGGGCGGCUUUCGUCAGCAAAGCACAUGGGUCCUAGGAGAACUGAGGUGUCUGAGUCGCUUAUCUUGGAUAAGGAAGACGAAGAUGAUAAUGAUGAUGAUGAUGAUGAUGAAGAUAAAGAUGAUGGUUAUGAACUCUCUUCAGCACACCAAACUUUCGAGGGCGAUCGCUAA